AUGAACCUUGAAGCGAACAUGUCCUCACCGGAGGUGGACAUUGAUGUGAAUGUGGUGUCAAGCCCGGAACCAAGCCCACGCCCCGUUGAGAGCCCCCCACCGGGUCAGGCGGCCAGUGACGACGACCAGCGGUCAUCACCCGACACUCAACACCACCCGUCACAGUCGGCCUACACCACACCAUCUCAACAACAACCGCAGCAAUUAAAACCGACGCAUUCACCGUCGCAACCGCUGUCUCAGCAUCACCACCAGCAGGCGAGUCAUCUAAGCCCACACGCGGUUGCGACCGGUGGUCAUGGUGUUGUUCUGCAACACCAUUCCGCGAUGGUGGCAGCUGCAGCAGCCGCAGCCGCGCUUCAUCAUCAAUCGGCGGCGGCGGCAGCGGCAGCAGCAGCUGCUGCUGCUCAAGCUGCAGGACAACACGGUUGCGGUUCCUACCACGCAUCACCGGUGGUCCCGACGGUCCCGGUCAACAGCGCCAUCAACAGCAACAACAGCUCCAGCAACAGCUUCAACCACAGCCCUGAUUCACGGUUGAGUCCCCCGAAAACGCCCCCGGAUGGGCAACUCCAGCAGCAUCAGCAGCAGCAACAGCAGCAGCAGCAGCAGCAGCAACAACACCACCAUCACCACCAUCAGCAGCAUCUGCAGCAUCCUGCGCAUCACCAGCAUCCGCCGCACCAUCCCCACGCGCAUAUCAAUCAACUCCAGCAUCAGCAAACGCAACAGCAGCAGUCGCAACAUUCGGUACCACCGACGGUGGGCAAGACAUCGACCAAUCCCGGCUACACUAGCUUCUCGAUCUCGAGCAUCCUGAGUCGGACGGAGCCGGUCUCGAAGAAGGGUCUUGGCGUGAUAACUCCUGUACCGUCGUUGCCACUAUCGGCGGCGGCGGCUGCUGCUGCUGCUGCCGCUUCGGUCUCCAAUGGCACCGUUAGUCUGGGGUCUAAUGGUACCCCAAGCUCGCAGGAUGCCGCCAUGUUGUCCAGGCUCGGCUUCAUGUCGCAGUGGAGUGCGAUAGCCAACCGGUACGCAGCCCUCUGCCCACCUGGCUGGCCGUGGCCACCGACCUCACAUCGGAUGCCUUUCCACAGCCCCAACAACGACAACUCCGUGAACGCCAUCGAGAACCAAUCACCCUCACUGACGCCUCCUCCGUCGCAGCAGUCAAAGUCCCCCUCACCACAUCCCGCAUUCUUGGGAGCCCGAUCGGCGGGUUGUGGCGGAACCGGUGGUCUAGUGGGGAUCGGAGGUGUUGGCAUGCCAGGUGGAGGUUCCGGUGGAGGCACAGGUCCCGGAUCUGGUGGAGUCGGCAACGGUGAGGACUGCGAGUCUGACGAUGACGGACAAGAGAUCAUCGAAGAGGAUGACGAAAGCGACCGGCCAUCGGAUUCGGCCUCACCUAACUCUAACGGCAGUGCAAUGCAGGCGAAGCGGAAGAAGAAAACGCGCACGGUGUUCUCGCGGGCUCAGGUCUUCCAGCUCGAGUCUACCUUCGACCUGAAACGCUAUCUCAGCUCAUCCGAGCGAGCUGGUCUAGCAGCCUCGCUACGCCUCACCGAGACACAAGUGAAGAUCUGGUUCCAGAACCGACGGAACAAGUGGAAACGUCAGUUGGCAGCCGAAUUGGAGGCGGCCAACAUGGCCAAUAUGGCGCACGCUGCCCAGCGUUUGGUACGGGUACCAGUACUCUAUCACGAGGGUGCCACUGGUGGAUUUGUGCCACCACCUCCACAUCCACACUCGCAGCAGCUGUACUACACAACCUCGGCAGCUCGUGCUGGUUCACCGCCGAGGCCACCACUCUCAUCGCUCGUGUAAUGGAGGCUGCCGGGAGCCGGUGUCGGGCAGCGUGGGUGAGUGAGUUCAACGCCUCACCUGCCCAGCGACUCCUACGGAUCUACCAAAGCUGCGUCAGCGUGGCUUGAGGAUGAG